AUGAGUAAAGUCAAGAAACAUGCCUCGCCUGCUUCGCCCAAAGUGCGGAUAAUUGUACUAGAGACGGAUGAACCUCACCCCGAUACUCACGCCGAGAAGGGAAGUUUUGGGGAGAUCCUGCAUAGUCACUUCCAAAAAUCAGGUGCCGAUCAUGACCCUACGCUGGCUGUCGACACGGACCAAAAAUUCGUUGUAGAAGAGAAGGGAGGUACAGUUCCGACCUUUGAAGAAUUUGAGAAUUACCAGGGGAUCUUGAUCACAGGAAGCAUGUACGAUGCCCAUGCCGACAACCCAUGGAUUCUGAAGCUCCUUGCUGUCUUGAAAGAGCUGUGGGAGCGCCGGCCGGAUCUCCACCUCAGCGGCGUUUGCUUCGGCCAUCAGCUUCUCUGCCGGAUGCUAGGUGCUGAGGUAGCCCCGGCUCCAACUCAGGACUGGGAGCUCGGCCACUCGAGAAUCGACCUGUCUCCUGUGGGCAAGCAGCUGUUCCGCACAGACGACAGCAGUGUCUUUUUGCAUCAAAUGCAUCAGGAUCACGUCGUGACACCGCCCAGUCCCAAGUGGUCGAAUGGUCUGCUUAAACCGGGUACGAGGGUGGAUGUCUGGGGCCAUAGUAGCCACACCGAAGUACAGGGUGUCUACAUCCAGGGCCGGCUUUUCACAACACAGGCUCACCUCGCGUUUGACGAAGACAUGGUCAAGAGGCAGAUUCAGUUGAGGAUUGACAGCGGUGGCAUUGAGGAUCUGGAUCAUGCAGACAGGGCUGCGGAGACGGCACAUUGGCAACACGAUGGUGAUUUGGUUGCUGCUGCGAUCUUGAGAUUCUUUCACGGUGAUGAUGACAAUAUUAAAUAA